AUGGUUGGCGAAAGAGGUUUUCCCCGAGGCUACAUGCCACGCACGGAGCCCGGAUACAAGGACACGAUCCCUCAGCUACUCCUGCCCGUCACCGGUCAGCCGGCCUACUCUGGAAACGAAGUCAUCAACAAGUACCCUUACACGGCCAACCCCAAAUACCCCAUGCUGCAGGCGGCCCCCGGCGACCACAUAGCCAUCAUCCACUUCGAAAACGGCCACGUCACCCUGCCCCUGAACCAACCCAACAAGCCCCUCAAUCGGGGCACCAUCUUCUUCUACGGCACCACCAAGCCCAAGGGGCAGGAAAAGCUGUUUGACGUUCACCUGCGGUGGAACAAGGACGGGUCGGGAGGCGACAAGAGAGGCGUCCUUCUCGCGACUAGAAACUACGACGACGGCCAGUGCUUCCAGCCCAACACAGCCCCCAUCACCAGCGAGCGAGUGUCCAAGCUCAGUGGCGACGGCGCCAAGCAGUCCCAGGAGCUGCCCUGCCAGUCCGACAUCAGGCUGCCGGCGGACCUGAAGCCCGGCAGCGUCUACACCAUCUACUGGUACUGGGACUGGCCGAGCCUCAACCCCGGCAAGAUCAGCAUGGACAAGACGGCCCAAGGCCAGUACCCGUGGGCCGGCUCCUUCAUGCGAGGUGACAAGGUGCCCAACGGGUGGACCAUGGAUGCCAUUGCGCACAACGAGAGCUACGCCAGUGUCAUUGACAUCAAGAUUGUGGACGGUCCGGCCAAGGGAUUCACCGCCAAGGAUGAUGACGUGAAGCAGUCGUGGGUCGCCCAGCAAAACAUCUACUCCAAGGCCAUCCAGGCCCAGAUGGAGAGCAACUUUCAGGUUCACGUGGAAAGCUCCGGCUCCGGCUCCGGCUCCGGCUCCGGCUCCGGCGGCGGCAGCAGCAGCCCUGGUUCGGGAGCUCCCCCGGCCCCCGUGGCCCCCAUAGGCACCCCCUCUGGCGGCGAGUCUACUACGAGCCCGUCAUCUCCGACCGCCUCUGCUGCCCCCACAGCGGCUCCCUCCGGUGACGAGUCUACCGCGGGCCCGUCAUCUUCGACCGCCCCCGUGGGCGGCGGUGUCGUUACUGUCACGCAGAUGGUUACUGUCCCGCCAACCACGCUCUUCAAGACCGUCUACCGAACCAUGUCUCCUGCUGGUCCGGAUGGCUCCGAGGAGCCCGACACGACUGUUUUCGUCACUGUCACUACACACGUGCCUCGGCAGACGGACGGUCCAGUCGUCUCCUCGGCUCCCGUUGCCAACACGACGUUGGUGUCCUCGUCCAAUCCUGCGAUCGGACCCAGGCCAACAGUGACGCCUUUCCGUCAACGUCGUCGAGCCAUCAGACGCGCUCUCUGA